AUGGCCAAGACCAGUACUGCGACGACGCUGUCGCCGCUGCCGCCAGGAUUGCGCCGUGGUAUGAUUUCUGUUACGUUCAUCGGAUUUCUGUCUUUUGCAGCGGCAUCUCUCCUUUUCAUGCAUCUGGUAUAUCGGAUCAUCACAUGGAAGCAUCGAGGCUACGCAAGAUUGAAUCAGUAUGUGGCCCUGCUCACAAAUCUCAUAUUCGCCGACGUAAUUCAGGGCAUUGGGUGGUCCUUGGACGUGUUAUGGUUGCGGCACGACAGCAUCGACGCGGGAUCAACUGCUUGCUGGACGCAAGGCUGGUUCCUCACCACUGGAGACGUGGGGAUCUGCGUCUUCAGCUUCUUGCUGGCGGUACAUCUCUUCGCGGAUAUCGUGUUUGAUCGGAGACUCCGGCAUAUCCCGUUCCUCGCAUGCCUCGUGGCAUGCUGGAUUUUUUCCUUUUUCUGCGCUUCAAUCGGAAUUGCCGUCCAUCCAAAGGACUUUUACAUGCGGGCUGGUGCCUGGUGCUGGAUUCAUGAAAAGUACAUGCCCGAGCGACUCUGGUUGCAUUACUUUUGGAUUCUGAUCUGCGAAUUUGCGACUGUGGUGCUCUAUACCUUGAUGUUCGUCAUCUUGUGGCGAAGAGUCAAGGUAUUCUUCUACUCCAAUGGCGAUGUUCACCUGCGUGCAGAGUCUGCAGCGAGAUGCGUCAUCUUCUACCCCCUGAUUUACACCGCGUGCACUCUCCCGGCUGUGGUCAUUCGGUUGCGGGCAAUGACUGGACACAAAGCCUCCUAUGCAGAGCUUUGCGCAAUUGGAGUGAGUUCCUUCUUCCGGGGGGUUGAAAAGCUGCUGACUGAAGCAUGCUUAAGGUCAUGAUUGGCUCCAAUGGAUGGGCGGACGUACUACUGUACACCACCACACGGCACUCUCUGAUUUUCGGACCCGCCAUACCGGACGCCGACGCAUCUGCACUGGAUACGUUUGGAACCUGGCCAGGUCGACGUCGCGAAGAAGCCGUAGGGAUCGAGGAGGGCAUCGGAACCCAAGAUCGCGAAGUGCGACCAAAUAUGAGCCAGAGUGAAGACCGAGAAAGCAACGAGGAUCUAUUCCGUGCCGGAAAUAUUCUUCGCGUUGGUCAAAAUUUCGAUAUCCACAGAGUCGAGGCCCGGCCCCGAGAGGGCAGAGAAAGCGAGAAGAACCAAGUCAGUGGGCAAAGUCGAAGAAGUUCCGAGAAAGCAACUGCUGAGAUUGAAUUAUCAUGA